CAGCUGCACCUGGCCCAGAUAUCACUGCGGGUGUAUGUAUAAUUUUGACCCAAUAAGAAGAGAAUUCAAUACAUCUAAUCUUACAGGCUGGAAAUAAAUAAUAACAAACAUGAAACCUGCGGCUGGUGGGACUGCGCAUGCGCGUGUAGACAGCUUGGCGCUGCUUUUUUCGGAUGAUUCUGUAAGAACCUGGGGACGGACGUGUUGCUAGGUCCAGGUUCGGUUACGUGGUGUUAGGGAGUGGACCCUCUGACCAACAUCCUCUCUGACAUGAGGCGAACCCUGGCUCCCGGAGGCACAAGACGCGUGGGCGGGGCUUGUGAUUCACAAUACUGAAAUGUUGUUUUCGAGGGAUUCCCCAUAGAAACGACAGAAACAGAGCAGAGAGGAGCUGCUAUAUAACAGGUGAGAUGACGCGGCCGGACACACUCCCUGCUCAGGAUGACACGCAGCGGGCUGCACAUAGCCUCCCUCUGCGCGCUGCUGUUGCUGCUCCAGGCCGGGCGCACCGCGGCGCGGCGGACCCCAUGCGCUCCGCAGCUGAGCGGCCCGGCGGCCCGCGACCCCCCGGGGCCGCGCCCCCGCUGCGUCACAGAGGCGCAACUGCGCAGCCGCGAGGACCGCUUUCUGAAGAAGUACGCAGCGACCGAGCUGAGUACGCAGAGCAGCAACAGGACGUGUGCGCAGGUCCUGGAAGAAAUGCGCAAAGAGCCGCAGAGAUUCAAGGAGAAGAGCCGCAGGUCUCUGUCUCCGUGGGAGUACAGCGUGCAUCGGGACGCCGACCGGGUCCCGGCUGAGAUCAGCAUGGCCCGCUGCCUCUGCGACGGCUGCAUCAUCAACCUGCGCGAGGUUUCCAGCUACAACUCGGUGUUGGUCUGCGCCCAGACGACGGUUCUGAGGAGGAAGCCGUGUCCCAGUGACCCAAACAAAUUUGUGGUCUGGAAGGAGCUGAUGGCGGUUCCGGUGGGCUGCACCUGCGUGAGGCCCAAUUACUCCCAGUAACCCGCUGCAGGUCCAGAAACACCCGACGGAACCGGCCUGACGCUGGGCAGCUGAACCUCUCUGAACAUUUAGCUCUGACUUCCAUCAAACUUUCCUCACUCAGGAUUCCUGCUGGAUUCAGCCAGAAACCGGAGAAACGCUGCGAACUGGUCCAGACGAGCCAGUUCUGAGACCUGAUCCACUGCAGCUUCACUGUGGAUCACUAGAACCAGUUCAGACUGGAACCGGUUGAAACCAGUGUAAAUCAUCUAAGUUUUCUGGUCGUCGUUCUUCUACAUUUUCUUUACCCCCGGCAGCUGAACGACCCCACAGGAUGAUGCUGCCUCCACCAUAGUGACCGUUUCUGCGUUCUUAGACAUGGAAUCCUCUCUUGUCGCGGCCGGUACCGUCCGGUACCAUCCAGUCCAGUUGGGUGAACAUAAAUAUCUCAUGUUUUCAUUUAAACUGAUUUUUAAUCCAAACGCUGAGAACCAGCAGUUCAGGGGCCUCAUGUAUCAAACACGGAGCCGUUUUCACACUAAAACUUGGCGUACGGAAAUAUUUAGAAAAAAAUACCUGCUCACCUUUCCUUUAGAAAUCCCAAUAUGUGGGAACAGAGCAGCUGCUGCUCCGCCGUCGCCUCCAUAAAAACAUCUUAAUGUGAAUUAGUAUAAAAACCCGGAGGUCUGCCGCCACGGGAAGCAGUUACCAUGGCAACGGCCUUGUUUGUAGCAGAAUAGUAUUUAUAAUAGUUAUUAUAUAUUUUAUUUAAAAGGUGCUUUCACUUCACAAAAAUAACAAUGGAAGAUAAAUUUCCAAAUGAACCCUAAAGAUCUCAGAGCAGCAGAGCGUUCAGCCAGGAUUUAAACGUUUCUUCUGAAUCCAGGAAUCAUGAGCAGAAGUUACAUUUACAGAGUCCAGAUGAUUUCUGUCCAUAAGGCGCAUUCACAAAGCGGGCGGCUCCACUGGAGGACGGCUGCAGCUGGACCGGUACCGGUACCGGUACCUGCUUUAAGUUCUGCUCAGAGCUCCAGGAUGAUCAGUCUGGAUGAAUCUAAACGAUCAGAAACCAGCAGAUCAAUCUGAUCUCUGAUCAAUGGCUCCAUGUUCUCCAUCAGAGCCAAAGCUCCUCAGGUAGCAGCUCACCUUGAUGCAGCUACUGAUAUACCUGGGAUUGUCUCCACACCUGAUCACCUGAUCAAUAAUCAAACUGUUUGAUCAGCCCUGGUUUCUCUCUAGUGAGAAUAAAUAGAUGCAUUCAGACGAUGAGUUUCAUCUUUAUGAGACACAAACUGAGCAACAUGAUUAUUUACAUUGAGUUUUUCUCAUCCUGUAUUUUCUUUAUUUUGUGUUAGCUUAUUGUCUGAGGAUAAUGAGGCCCUGGUGACUUUAUGAAGCCGAUUCCUGAAUUGUUGAAUCAUUCCUUUAAUCAUCAACAUCAAAGCUGAUUGGCUCCUUUAAGUGAACGGAGAAACAAUCAUUGAAUGAUCCUGAUGUAUAAAUCUUUACUCGGUCCAACCCCAGCAUAUUUAUCCACUCUCCUACAUAGAACUGUCGGUUCUCUUCGCUCCAAUAACAUUAUUGUUCUGCAUGUUCCACGUUUUGAACUGAAACAGUGAAACAGGCAUUCAGUGUUUUUACCCCACAGCCUGGAAUCAGCUGCAGUCUGAACUUAAGAUGUCGGAAAUGAUUUGACUGGACUUAUUUCCAGCAGUUCAGAUUCUAUGAAACAGUGUCAUUGUUUUUAAAUUGUUUUUAUUGUUUUAUACUUGUGCAU